UCAAAGUGUGAGCCUUUUCUUCCACCAUUUUCAGCUCUCUUUAACUAAUGAUUUGUCUCUUCAAAAGUCAUCAAAGAGGAGCGUCUUCUUUGGACGAUCAAAAGACAAUAAAUACUCAUAGUGAAAAGAUUUAAUUUUUGUAGGUUUUUAGAGUAGUCAAAAUUGAAUUUUUAGUGAAACCCAUUUAAUUCUUCAGCUUAUCCAAAAGCUUUAUAUAAUGGGAAACUCUUGAACUUUUUGAGGUUUUACACAUAUCGAAUUGAGUUUCUAGAGCUGAAUAUAUGGUGGAAAAGUUUUAAUUUUGAGCUCCACAUUAUGGUCUAGUUACUUUUCUGAGAAAACCCAUAUAAAUCCUUCAUUUUCCAAAGUUAAUAUGCAGUGGAAAAGUUUUAGUUUUGAGCUUCAAACUAAAGAAACCCAUAAUUAAGUUAUUCAGGGUUUUGAGUAUAAGGGGGUGGAAUCUUUAUAGUUAUUCAGAAUGGGGGAGGAAAAAUCAUCUGAGAAUAGAGUGAAAGCUUCAAAAUUUGGUGAUCAAAAUAAGGCACCGAAGGGUAGUAGUAAUAAUAGCAAUGCAAAAGGGAAUAGUAGUAAUCUAUCAAAGGUGAGAUCUUCAUGGGGUUCUCAUAUUGUGAGAGGUUUCUCAGGGGAUAAAAAAUCUAAGUUACAUACCACAAUUCAUGCAAGGAAAGAGCCACUUUCUGUCAACGAAAACUCGAACCAAAAGAACUCUUCUGGGCUUUCUCAGUCAAGGGUGAAGAGGUCUUUAAUGGGAGACUUGUCAUGUUCAGCCACUUCCACUCAAGUUCAUCCUCAAACAGUUAAUAUCCAAAGGGCUAAAUCUUCUGGUUCGCGUGAUCUAUUCAAUGAAAUUGAUCAUUUGAGGAGCUUGUUACAAGAAUCAAAGGGAAGGGAAUUGAAGUUGCAGGCAGAGUUAUCAGAAUUCAAGAGGAGUCCAAAAGUUGUCGAGCUCGGGAGGGAACUGGAGUUGAAGAAGAGUGAGAUUGAUAGCUUUGUGAAGAAAGUUGAAUUGCUGGAAUGUGAAAAGGCAAGGCUUACUGAUCAACUAGUUUCUUUGAGUGCUGCUCUAGAGAGGCAAGAUGAGAUAUCCAAUAGGGAAGAAUUCAAAAGUGUGACUAGUUUGGAAAUGGAGGUUGUGGAGUUGAGGCGCUUGAAUAAGGAGCUCCAGCUUCAGAAAAGAGAUAUUGCUUGUAGGCUUUCUGAGGGGGAAACAAUUGAGAAUAUUAAAGCAGAGGCUUCUUUGUUGAGACACACAAAUGAAAACCUUUGCAAACAAGUUGAGGGUCUUCAAAUGAAUAGAUUGAAUGAGGUUGAGGAGCUUGCCUACUUAAGGUGGGUGAACUCAUGUUUGCGUGAAGAAUUGCGCAAUUGCUCGUCCACGACUUGUGAUAAGACUUGUAGUCCUCAAGGCAGUGAGAAAAGUAGGGAAUCACUUUGCUUGUCUUAUGAUCAUAGUGAUGAGGACUCAAAAUAUAGUAGCAGCGCUAGGAGGUUAAGCCUUGUUAAGAAGCUAAAGAAAUGGCCUAUUACCGAUGAAGAUAUGCAACUAGUUGAUAGCCCAGAUAAUACCAUUAAUCAUAGUUGGGAGGAUACACAAAGUUCUACUCGCAGGCACUCGAUAAGUGGAUCAAAAUUUUAUCUAGAGGACUUGAUAUAUAGUAAUAAGAGAAGACAAUCUGAUGGUUUUAUGUGUUCCAAGGAAGUGGAGAAGGAGAUUGAGCCUCUUGUUUCCCAACAUAAAUUAACCACCAACCCUUUGGAGGUGGUUGAGAAACGUGUCUUGCGAAUUCCUAAUCCUCCUCCAAGGCCUUCAUCUGUUGCUUUAAGUGCAACAGAAGGAGAAAAUUGUGUUCAAGUUCCUGUUCCUCCACCACCUCCCCCUCCUCCGCCACCUCCUCCAAAACUCGUGGCAAAAACUACAACGGGCACGGUGCAGAGAGCUCCUCAAGUAGUAGAGUUUUAUCAUUCAUUAAUGAAGAGAGAUUCUAGGAAGGAUUCAUUAAAUGGAGGAGCAUGUGAUCCCUCAAGUGUUGCAGACGUUCGUAGUAGCAUGAUCGGCGAAAUUGAGAACAGAUCAUCUUAUUUGCUGGCUAUAAAGGAAGACGUGGAGACCCAAGCAGAAUUUGUGAAUUCCCUGAUAGCAGAGGUCAACCAUGCAGUUUUUGCGGAUAUUGAAGACAUAGUUGCUUUUGUGAAAUGGCUAGAUGAUGAACUUUGCUUUCUGGUGGACGAAAGGGCAGUGCUAAAGCACUUCGACUGGCCCGAGAGAAAAGCAGAUACACUAAGGGAGGCAGCUUUUGGAUAUAAAGAUCUUAAGAAGUUGGAGAACGAAGUUUCAAGUUACAAGGACGAUCCUCAAUUGCCAUGUGAUAUUGCACUAAAGAAGAUGGUUUCUUUGUCAGAGAAGAUGGAGCGUAGUGUCUAUAACCUUCAUCGAACAAGAGACUCAUUGAUGCGUCAUUGCAAAGAGUUCAAAAUCCCCGCAGACUGGAUGCUUGAUAAUGGGAUACUAAGCAAGAUUAAGUUUGGCUCAGUGAAGUUGGCCAAGAUGUACAUGAAGAGGGUAGCUGCGGAGCUUCAGUCAAAGGGACCAUUAGAUAAAGACACUUCUAUGGACUACAUGCUACUCCAAGGAGUGAGAUUUGCCUUCCGAAUUCAUCAGUUUGCGGGAGGAUUUGAUGCAGAAACUAUGCAAGCCUUUGAGGAGCUCAGGGACUUAGCACUUGCUUUGAACAAGAAGUAGAAGAUAGACUUAGUGAAUAAGUAUAAUUUUGCCAGAGGGCUUACCAUCUCAGUAACCAUCAAUUUAAGUAAUCAUAUAUGUAGGAAACACCAAUGAUAUUCCUUAUCAUUGGUUACUGGUUUUUUUUUUGUUUUUAAUUUUUGAUUUGGGUGGGAUUCACUCUUGACUAGUGAGCUAAGUUUCGCUUGGAAGCAGGAAGAUCUCAAGUUAUUGGUAUAGUAUGUGUUCAAAGCUUGGUGAAAAAGCAGUAUGCAAGUUUCUAUCAAUACUUGACAAGUUUUAAAAUGUUUCUAUCCUUUGAG